AUGCCGGACUUCGCAGGGGCAUGGUCGAAAUUCGUGCAGAUGGUGGGAUACCACCAUGUUCUCAUGAUAUUAAUCGCGCUCUCCGUUAUUCUUCUUUCUCUUCUCCUUGCGGGAUGUUCCUCUUCCUCUCCCCAAAUGCCCUCGAUAUUCCUUAUUUCGAUAUACUACGAAAAGUAUGCGCCCUCAUUCGAUCCUGCCCAGGUAGACCCUGGCGUGACAACGGCGAUUGCCAACAUCGUUGGUGGCGCGCAUAUGGAAGUCCGAGUGGGCUUCUUCGGAAUUUGCAUCCAACCUGACGGGGGAUCGUUCAUUUGCAACGCCAAUGCUACGGCGCUGGCCGAGGUUGUUACACUGGAUCAAGAUCCCCUCAACCUGAUUUGGCUGGCUUCGAUGUUCAAGGAUACGGUGGUUUUCCCAUACUUGAUAAUCGUCGCCAUUAUACUCGCCUUUUUCUGCUUUAUUUUACUCGCCACAUUUCCCGGAUGGCAUGAAGAGCUCGACGACACCGGCUCAGAGCGCGAAAUCAAACCGUUCCCGUCGCGGCCAGUAUCACAAAUCGCCCUGUCGUUAAUUUGUAUUGCGGCGAUAUUCGUGCUCGUUUCAGUGCUAUGGCAACAUACAGCGUCUGUUGCUGCAAGUACAAUGGUGCAAACGCUCGGCAACGGCAGUGUGAAAAGCGGUGUCGGGACCUCAGCCAUGGUGCUGGGUUGGUUUGGUUUUGGUCUCUUUGUCGUGGUAACGAUAGGCUUGCUCGUCAUGAUCCUUAGUAUCAGUAUACUGCGGACGUUGACAGAUGAAGAGGAAUAA